AAAAGAGAAAAAGCCUGCAACUUUUCUCACAAAUUCCUCAUAUGAUCUUGGGACAGGAGCUUUUCCUAAACAAUUUUUCACUCUUUCUAUCCACGCCUUCUUCAAAUUUCAAAUCUUCAAACCCAACUUUUGAUUUAACGGGGAGCAGAAAAAAGGAAGGUCAUCAAGAUUGAUCAGGCCCCAUUUGGUCUCGCCAAGAGAAGUUUCAAGAGUUUCAACAAAAAAGAAAGGACCCAAGUUCUUAUUUUUGGUUUAGGAGCUACCUUGAUUUGAGUUUCCUUUUCGAGUUUUCAUCUUCGUGGAUUUUUAUUGGGAGGUUAGCUUCAGUUUCAGGUCCAGAUUCUGAAGUAAGAGCAACCCACUUUGAGUUUUCCUGUAAAGUUUUGAUGUUUUUGUUGACGGAGAGCUUUUCAAUUUCAGCUACCCAAAUGAAUUUUCUUGUAACUUUUUUCUUCUGAAAUCUUACGGGUUUCUGUUAACAGAAAGCUUCAUAAUUUGAAAAUUCAUAUUUUUGGAGUGUAGUUUCUUAAAUAGUGCAAGUUAGAAUUUGGGUUGAAGAUGAGAGAAGAACACCCAACAGAAAGUAGAGUUAAAGCUUCCAAAUUUUCUGAUCAAAAUCAGCCGCCAAAAGCUCAAAAUACUAAGAGCGGUGGUGGGAAUCUUCUGAAACCUAAGUCUUCAUGGGGAUCAAACAUCGUCAAAGGUUUCACGGCAGACAAGAAAACCAAGCCCCAAGCAACAGUCCCAGCUAAGAAGCCGCCUCUCACAAACUCCGACAUUGCUAACCAGAAGAUUUCUUCUCAAUCUCGGGUCAAAAGAUCUCUUAUGGGAGAUUUAUCCUGCUCAGCCAAUGUCUCCCAAGUCCAUCCACAAGGUUACCCAACUCACCGGAGACAUUCCUCCGGGUCAAGAGACCUGUUUAUUGAAUUGGACCACCUUAGGAGCUUGCUUCAAGAUUCAAAAGAGAGGGAGUCUAAGUUGCAGGCAGAGAUAUCAGAAUUGAAAAGGAAUUCUAUGACGUUGGAUCUUGAAAGGAACCUGGAGGUGAAGAAAAAUGAGGUGGAUGAACUUGUGGAAAGAGUUAAAUUGUUGGAGAGAGAGAAGACUGCUUUAUCUGAGCAGUUGGGUGCCUUGGGUUCCAUCACGGAAAGCAAAGAGGAGGUGCCUGCAAGUGACAUGGAAGUUUUGGAAUUGAGAAGGCUGAACAAGGAGUUGCAGAUGGAGAAGAGGAAUCUAUCAUGCAAGCUUUCUUCUUUGGAGUCUCAAUUAACUUCCCUUGCCAAAGUUAAUGAGAGUGAGAUUAUAGCAAAGAUCAAAGCUGAGGCUUCUAUGCUAAGACUCACAAAUGAAGACCUGUGUAAACAAGUUGAGGGUUUACAAAUGAGCAGGUUAAAUGAGGUUGAGGAGCUUGCAUAUCUUAGAUGGGUUAAUUCAUGUCUACGCGAUGAGCUUCGUAGUUCAUGCUCGAGUUUUAAUUCUGAUAAGGUAUCGAGUCCUAAUCCAGCUGAGAAAAAUGGUGAAUCUGUUCAUUCACUGCCUUAUCAAAGGGAUGAAUUCUUAGAAUACAGCGGAUCAAAUAGAGUGAAGCUAAUUAAAAAGUUAAAGAAAUGGCCUAUUACUAGUGAGGAUUUGUCCAAUGUAGAGCACCCAGAUGAUUUUUUGGACAAAAACUGGGUUCAUUUGGAGGAAGCAAGAAGUCCUAGAAGACACUCCAUAAGUGGAUCAAAGUGCUGCAUUGAUGAGUUGACACAGAACAAAAGAAGGCAAUCUGAUGUGUUUAUGAAUACAAAAGAGAUGGAAAAAGAAUCAGAAGCAUCGGUUUCUCAAAAAUAUGAUCUGGGUGCUGUUCAAAGAGCUCAUCUCAAUGGGAAUUGUCAAGAAACCAAUAAAGCUUUAGCUUCUUUGGAUGUUGAGAAAAGAGCCUUGCGUAUUCCAAACCCUCCUCCCAGGCCUUCGUAUUUCAAUUCUACCGGACCUAAGCAGGAAGUUUCAUCUCAGAUUCCUCCACCACCUCCACCUCCACCUCCACCUCCACCACCUCCCAAGUUCUCAGCUAGUACUAGCACAGGAGUGAUGCAAAGAGCUCCGCAGGUGGUUGAGUUUUAUCAUUCACUCAUGAAGAGGGAUUCUAGAAAGGACUCUUCAAAUGGAGGAAUCUCUGAUGCUCCAGAUGUUGCAAAUGUUCGUAGCAGCAUGAUUGGUGAAAUCGAAAACCGAUCAUCACAUUUGCUUGCAAUAAAGGCAGAUGUAGAAACUCAAGGGGAAUUUGUGAACUCACUAAUACGGGAGGUGAAUAAUGCAGUUUAUCAGAACAUCGAAGAUGUCGUGGAAUUUGUGAAAUGGCUUGAUGAUGAACUUUGUUUUCUGGUGGACGAAAGGGCAGUGCUAAAGCACUUUGAUUGGCCAGAGAAGAAGGCUGACACUUUAAGAGAAGCAGCAUUCGGAUACAGAGAUUUAAAGAAACUGGAAUCUGAAGUUUCCUACUACAAAGAUGAUCCAAGAAUUCCUUGUGAUAUUGCUCUAAAGAAAAUGGUUGCUUUGUCUGAGAAGAUGGAGCGUAGUGUUUACAAUCUCCACAGAACUAGAGAAUCAUUGAUGCGUAGCUGCAAGGAAUUUCAAAUUCCCACGGACUGGAUGCUCGACAAUGGCAGCAUAAGUAAGAUUAAGUUUGCUUCAGUCAAAUUGGCAAAGAAGUACAUGAAGAGGGUGGCAAUGGAACUUCAUUCAAAGGCAGCAUCAGAGAAAGAUCCUUCAAUGGAUUAUAUGCUACUCCAAGGAGUACGAUUUGCUUUCAGAAUUCACCAGUUUGCAGGAGGAUUCGAUGCAGAAACAAUGCAUGCAUUUGAGGAACUUCGGAACCUUGCCAAUCUUCUUAACAAAUGUAAAUAGAGAAGAGGGUCGGUCAGGAAGAGUUUUGGUUUUACAGUCUCAGU